AUGGCCUCCGCCGGUCUGCAAAUCUUGGGGAUCGUCCUGACCCUGCUUGGCUGGGUCAAUGCCCUGGUAUCCUGUGCCCUGCCCAUGUGGAAGGUGACCGCCUUCAUCGGCAACAGCAUCGUUGUGGCCCAGGUGGUGUGGGAGGGGCUGUGGAUGUCCUGUGUGGUCCAGAGCACCGGCCAGAUGCAGUGCAAGGUGUACGACUCACUGCUGGCGCUGCCCCAGGACCUGCAGGCUGCCCGAGCCCUCUGUGUCAUCACCCUCCUCGUUGUCCUGCUUGGCCUGCUGGUCUACCUAGCUGGAGCCAAGUGUACUACCUGUGUGGAAGACAAGAAUUCCAAGUCUCGACUGGUGCUCAUCUCUGGGGUCAUCUUUGUCAUCUCCGGCGUCCUGACCCUCAUUCCUGUCUGCUGGACAGCCCACUCUAUCAUUCAAGACUUUUAUAAUCCCUUGGUAGCUGAUGCUCAAAAGCGGGAGCUGGGGGCCUCCCUCUAUCUGGGCUGGGCAGCCUCAGGCCUUCUGCUGCUGGGUGGAGGGCUGCUGUGCUGCGCCUGCUCCCCUGGAGGGCCCCGGGGACCUGGCCAUUACAUGGCCCGCUAUUCUACAUCUGCCCCACAUUCUGUCUCUCGUGGACCCUCUGAAUACCCCACCAAGAAUUAUGUCUAA